ACGACACCACCACGGCCCUCAAUUCUCCAGCAACUCGGAUCGUCGCGGUUGCCGCGCGGCCACUGCUACUGCCGUUGGGCACUCCCCGCGCCCUCUGUGUGACGUCACACCACGGUCCUCGAUUUGGAAGGGGCGAGCUCGCGUCGCCGCAGCCAAAGUUGAGGCCGCAGUAUGGAUGGUGUCUAACUACAAGCGAAGCCUAAGCGCAGCCGGGGGUCUGUAGCUAUCGCUACUCGACUAGGUUUACCCAAAGCUAAACCACAGCCAAUUUUUCUUCGAACAGCUACUGUAGAACAAUGAUGCCAACCAACCGCGCAUCUAGAGUGACCUAUGUCGGCAUGAAAGAGGUUCGUAGGAGAACGGCACUUAUGUACGUAUUGGCAUAUACCCAGUGAGCGAAGUCGGUCCGAUGAUUGGUUUCCAACCCUGUUACCUCGAGCAGCACAGCAUGUCCGAUGCGCUAACCAUUCGAACUCGGAAUAUACCCAGUGACCCAAGUUGGAGGUGUGAAUACGGUUAGAUACAUUGAUACAAACAUGCAUAGGUAGAUAGACCACCCCCGCAAGGCGCGUGAAGUACCUUAGAAUGGCAACGCAUUAAAACGGGAAACCAACCUCCAUCUUGCCCGUUUCCUUUGUUCUUUUUUUUUAUUUUUUAUUUCCGCCACAACAAUAGCUUCAUGAUGCUUGCGUCGCAAGGAAUUUGAGAAGAUGUCGGCGUCCACUGUGAAAGCCCGCUGUUGCCACAGUAAUGAAGUUCAGUGCUCGAGAAAAAUCCGCAAUUUCUUCUUUAAGACUUCUUUCACUGGACCGGACAUUUCUUUGUGGCGGGAGCGUUGUUCUCACGAUUACCCCACUUCAGACGAUAGCAUGCACGAUCUCUUCCUGUCGGUGUUUCACGCAGUUACAGGUGACGCAAUCGAAAUCAGCCUGCAAUGGUGUCAUCGAGCAACCCGACAGAAGAGCAAACGGGCAAGAAAGACCUCGAAGAGGCGUCCAAGGUCGGACCUCCGCACAAGAACGCCUACAGACAUUUCGAAGGUCUGCAUGUCAGCAAUCUGUUCACGGAUCGAAACAUGCGCUCUGCCCUGUCCUACAAACCGCUUGAUGGGGAUGUCUUUGUCGUGAGCUACCCAAAGUGUGGCACAACAUGGAUGCAACAUAUCGUGUACUGCAUAUUCCACGACGGCGUGCCCCCUGCGAACCUCACGGAAUUCAUGAACAUGACUCCGUUUUUGGAGCUUCUAGGAGCCGAGGGCGCGCAGGCUAUGCCACGACCAAAUGCCAUCAAAACUCACCUACCGUUCACCAAGCAGCCUUAUUUUGCAAAGGCCAAGUACGUCUACAUCACCCGGAACCCGUACGACUGCUGCGUGUCCUUCUACUACCACACGAAGAACAAGCCGAUGUACCAGUUCGAGGACGGCACGUUCGACCAGUUCUUCGACAUGUUCGUCGAAGGAAAAGUGGACUUCGGUGACUACUUCGACCACCUCUUGUCUUGGUACGAACAUCGCGGGGACAGCAACGUCCUCUUCGUCACUUACGAAGACCUUAAGAAGGACACGCGUGGCUGGGUGCUCAAAGUCGCGGACUUCCUGGGUAAGGAGUACGGAGACAAAUUGAGACAGAGCCCGGAUAUCUUCGAGAAGAUUAUGACUGCGAUUAGCGUCGACUCCAUGAAGAAGAUUAACGCCGAGAUGAACAACUGGGGCAAGGAUUUGACCAGUGUUCCCCUGGAGACGCUGCCUGAAGGGAUGAAGUCUUUGGUGGAAGCCAUGGGGUCUCUGCUAGACAAGCCAAUCAAGGGAGACUUCGUGAGGAAAGGCAUUGUGGGGGACUGGAAGAACCACUUUUCGCCGGAGCAGGUCGCCAGGAUGAAAGAGCGAAUAGCACUCAAGACAGCCGGCAGUGAUGUCAUGGACCUGUGGAAAGACGCGGGCUUGCCCUAAAUAUGAUUUGCAAGCUGGCGAUAUUGCGGUCUGACUGUCGAAACCUCUGAGGCACGAGGAGACUGGUCAUCUAUGCGUUCUUUCUUCCAUAAGCCCCAUCUAGCGAAUAAAGAAACGUAAGGUGGGGC